GUAUACCGCUAUAGUUUGAAGUACACUGUUGUGAUACAAACAUUAAUCUCUCAAAUUUAAACUAAUUUCAGAGAAUGCCUUUUGUUCUCUACUCAUGCGAAAUGUCAAAAAUCGCCGCGUUGCUUUGCAAAAGAAAUAUAAAAUUCGAUAUUCACUCAUUUGUUCAUAAGUUCAGCGGGCGGUUGUGUAUUUUCCUGAAAAUCUCACAAUAUUGCGGCGGGGUAUAUUACGUACGCAUUUUUCUUUUUAAUUAGAUAAAUAAAAUUGUGAAUAAAUCCGGUUUUCCACUAACUCGAAAUCAGCUUUUAUUAGCGCUGCCAAAUGUCGAAAUGUUGUUAUUAAUAAAAUCAAUUGAGAACAUGUGAAAAAAUUGUGCAUUUAAUUUAGUAAAUAAAAUAAAAAAUCCAACUGCUCCAGCAUUGCUUUGUACGUAUGAGUGCUCUUCAUUGUUACAUUAUCCCCUUCGUACCUGCUGCUCUUUCUGCUGUCCAUCAACAUAAUUUAACAGAAGUAUCAGCCGCAUUUUUAUAAACUACAUACACGAUUAUACUAAGCCGCCAAUUAUUCGUGUGUGGGCAACAAGCGUUUGUAACAAUAUAUGGGAGGGGGUUUAAAGUCAUUUACGUUCCUUUUCAUUGAAUUUGUUUAAUUUUGGCACUUAUGAUAGUUUAUGCCUACUUCCAAAGAAAGAGGCUAGUUAAUAGUGAAAAGAAUUUAAAGCUUCCAUAAAAAGCAUAUUACAGCUAUACGUAUACAAAAUCCUUCCAAACUUAGCUACAGCUGGACGAACCUAUCCAGCCAUAGUUUAAAAGAGUUUCGCAUAAGAUCUUAUAAAAAAAUGGCGCUCCAGGAGUUGUUAAACUACAAAUAUCUAACGCAGGAACAGCUAAAUGGAUUCGACAAUUAUAAAUAUAGCGCACGUGAUACCUCACCCCUCAGCGUAUAUGUUAUGCAUCCAUUCUGGAAUUGGAUUGUCAAGUUCUUUCCACGUUGGCUGGCGCCUAAUGUUAUGACUUUUCUUGGCUUCCUCUGCACGGUGGUGAAUUUCUUAUUGCUAUCUUAUUAUGAUUGGAAUUUUUUUGCGAGUUCUGGUUUACCAAACACUGCGCCAAUACCAUCGUGGGUGUGGUUGUGCUGCGCGAUAAACAUUUUCUUAGCCUACACAUUGGAUGGUAUUGAUGGUAAACAAGCACGACGUAUUGGCUUAUCCGGACCAUUGGGUGAACUCUUUGAUCAUGGCCUUGACUCGUAUACAGCUGUGUUGAUACCAACAUGCCUGUAUAGCAUUUUCGGACGUAAUGCUAUAUACUCUGUUCCACCUAUACGUAUGUAUUACGUAUGCUGGAUGGUGUUUUUCAAUUUUUAUGUCUCUCAUUGGGAAAAAUAUAAUACGGGUGUCCUAUAUCUUCCUUGGGGAUAUGAUUUAAGUAUGUGGGGAUCUACAGCCAUGUAUCUAUUGACAUGGUGGUUCGGUUAUCAAUUUUGGCAACGCACACUACCGCUUGGCAUAACGCUCGGAAAUAUGAUGGAGUUUGUUUUACAUUUGAGCGCAAUGGCAAAUACGCCAAUGGUGAUAAUAAAUGUUUACAACUCAUAUAUCCAGCACACAGGAAAAAUGCGGUCUUUUAAAGAAGCAAUGCGUCCGCUUUGGCCACUCUUAUCAUUCAUUAUUAUAAUGCUGUUGUGGCCUUUCGUUUCACCGAAUGAUAUUAUGGAAAAAGAUCCACGCAUUAUGUUUAUGUUGAGUGGUACAAUAUUUUCGAAUGUCAGUUGUCGUUUAAUCGUGGCGCAGAUGUCCAAUACACGCUGUGAUUGCUUCCAUUAUAUGACGCCGGUGUUCAUGUUCUUCGUUGGCAUUGGUUUAUGGAUACCGCUACUCGAACGUGCUAUGCUCUAUAUACUAUUUAUCAUAACAACGUUCACACAUUGGCAUUAUGGCACAAAUGUAGUGAAUGAAAUGUGCCAACAUUUUAAUCGUAUAUGCUUUAGUGUGAAUAUGCGUGAACCGGCUGUGCGUAUAGGCGAGGAUGUACGUUUGCGUGAUAUGGAGAAAACUGACUAAACUAUAAAAUUGAACCAAAAAAAAGAAAAAAAUUAAAAAAAUUUAAAAGACCAAUGUGCUUAUGCAAAUGAAAUAUGUAUAUGUAUGUUUAUUACAUAUGUAGAUAUUUUUGUUAUUGAGCUGCAGGAAAAAACAAAAACACAGGAGGCUCAACUAUCAAUUCCACCUUAUUAUUAAUUUUAUCAAUGAAAAGGUGUAUUUUAAAACUAGUUGUUUAGUUCGUUUACUCAUUUUUUGGGUGUAAUAAACUCGUGUCCUAAAACUGAAUAGACUUCAGCUACACAUGCUCUCUCUAUCUCUUACAUUUUUGCAUUUAUAUACCGUUACAUUGCCACAUUUAAAAGAAUACUAAUGUGCUCUCUAAAAUCAGACUGUAGGAAAAAUCACAAAAAAAAAGGUGUUUUAUUUGACAAAAAUAGAAAAAAAGAAAUGUAAGCAUUUUAGUAUUAAUUUCAGGUAAAUAAUGAUGCAGUAAAAUACAUGGAUCUGGCAGCUUUUAUAAAUUUCAUAGAUUUAUGAAAUAUUAUUUUGCAGUGAUAGUUAAAGCUAUAUAUUUCAUAAGCGUUAAAAGCCAUAUAGCUUAAAACAUAUAUUCUAAUUUAUUAUAAUCUCUGUUUCUACUAAAGCGCGUUCAAUAUUGAAAUGCUUUUUGUGCUAAAAAAAA